UUGCUAACACGGGCCCUUUAAUGGAAUUCGGGACAUCUCUGAGGAGAAACGUUCAGUCUGCAGGAUGGAGAGGGAAACCAGAGGAGCUGUGUUGGCCUUCUUUGUCCUUCUCUGCGUCUUUGUACAGGUCACAUGCCGGCUGUGUUCAGGUCUAUGCCAGUGUCCUUCAUCCCCCCCAUCAUGUCCCCUCGGGGUUCCUCUGGUCCCAGAUGGGUGUCGCUGCUGUCAGAUCUGUGCAGGACAAGAAGGUGAAGCUUGCUCUGAAAAAGACGUGUGUGACACUCAGCGUGGUUUGGAGUGUGACUACAGCGCCAGUUUUCCAGAUGGACCUGGAGAGUGUGUUCGGAGAAACACACUCGGCUGCGAGUACCUGGGCGUGAGCUACGAGGAAGGUCAAUCAUUUAUUCCCUCCUGCAGGCAGCUGUGCCGCUGUGUGGGUGGCGGCGUUACGUGUGUCCCCCUGUGCACCGAGGACCUGAACACAGCGAGCUGCCAGCACCCGAGGCUGGUCCACGUCCCAGGCCGCUGCUGCCGUGAGUGGGUGUGUGAAGGCACCGAGAACAACAUUGAGCUGGAAAACGCUGCAGUUGAUCGAGGCGUGAGGUCCUGGCAGGACACACCGGUGCAUCGCGGGGUCUCCUGCUGCAACUGCAUCGAGCAGAGCACCGAGUGGAGUGUGUGUUCACGCAGCUGUGGUCCAGGUGUGUCCACACGCGUCUCAAAUAGAAACUUGGCCUGCCAACCACAAACAUACACACGCCUGUGUGUGGUCAGGCCAUGUGACCGGGGACCAACAGCCAGAGCACAACCGCGUCAGUUCCAAAAGCUGGGUGUGUGUGUGAGCAGUUACCGCUCGACUACUCCAGACCACUUUAAGCACCAGGGCUGCUACAGCUAUCGCUCCUACAAGCCGCUGUUCUGUGGAACUUGUUCUGACAGACGCUGCUGCAGCCCCGAGUACACCAGGACCGCGCUCGUGACCUUCGUGUGCCCUUGGGGACGAAUCACCCAGCAUGCCGUUAUGAUGAUCGAGUCGUGCGUCUGCCAUUACACCUGCCCUCAUAACAACAUCUCCAGAAGAACACGAUCAUGGCUGUAGACUGUCUGUGCUGAAAAUGUUUUUCUUUUAAAGCUUUAUUGAUAAUUCCCUCCACAUGCGCUGUUUAAGUGAUGUGUAUUAGAGGUUGUAUUAUUUAACUUAUACUACAGCAACAUGUCCAUUAGUUUACAGUCACAUUAUAUGUUGUUGCUUUUGCCUACAUUAUAGCAGCUAUAAAACAACGUUCCCUCUGUUUUCUCUCUGCACGCGACCACUGUACACUCCCU